AUGCCUCAUGGAUUAUAUAUCCUGUCAAAGAUGAACUCUCUAAACAUCAUUACCUCGCGCGUCUCUCCGCCCCCAAGUCCGGUAGCUUCGCGGUCCAACUCAUUGGGGUCGCUUGGCCUAGCGGUUCAGUCUGACGACAACCAGCAAGACGGCGAGAGCGUAGAGAAGCACGGAGAAACACACGAAGAGGAAACCUUUCCGCUCGAGAAAUCUGCUUACGAGCAGCACAAUGAUGGCCAUGGUAUGGAUCUCGCCAGCGAAUCCACGCCGUUAAUAGGCGAUUCAAGAGAUUCUGGAUCGAGGUCGACUUCAUGGCACACCCUACCGCGGCGCAUGGCUGUUGGAUUUAUCAAUUCGAUUCGUUGGGUUCUGGCUACACUUGCCGCCCCUGGAGUUUACCUUAUAGCCUGCCUCUAUGACGAUACGGGCGCAUUUUCACCAUUUAUUCAAUUGAAGAAGCUGUUCGGUUUUCACGGCGUGAACAGUAAGAAACUUGCAACGGACUUUGCUGAAUCAAGCCAUAUGAACGAGAAAUCGGGGAGGCAAGGGAGCGCUGGUUACGGAGGCGUUACCUACUCGAGGCCAAUCGGAUCAUCAGGGUCAUCAUCUUCAGGAUUAUCUUCAGAAUCGGAGUCGGAUGCUGAUCGCCAGCGCCGAGGUUCCCCUAGUCGACACUCUCGAUCUAAGUCUUCCGCAGAGGAAAUCGCGCCAGCCCGAAGGUCUAUUCGUAUCAAGCUACACAGUGACGAUGCUCUUCCCCAGCGCAAGCAUAGGAAGACGCAAUCGGCUGCGGCACGCCCCAAGAGUGAAUCAGGUGGCUCCGACAUCUCCGCACAGCUCAAAUCGCCAACAUCUCCAGCUGGUGCAUUGACCAGAUAUCCCAAGACACCAGCUCCUCCUCGACCUUUGAUCCCCCGCCGACAACCUUCAUACUUGAACAUCGAACCUACCGAUCCCAAAUACCAAAAGACGCUCAUCUUGGACCUCGACGAAACUCUGAUCCAUAGCAUGUCUAAGGGAGGUCGGAUGAGCACCGGACACAUGGUUGAAGUCCGGCUCAACCAGACAUACGUGGGCGCUGGAGGCCAGACAUCUAUCGGACCGCAACAUCCAAUUCUAUACUGGGUUAACAAACGCCCGCAUUGUGACGACUUCCUGCGACGGGUUUGCAAAUGGUACAAUCUCGUCGUUUUCACAGCCUCCGUACAGGAAUACGCUGAUCCAGUCAUUGAUUGGCUAGAGGCUGAGCGAAAGUUCUUCUCGGCACGAUACUAUAGGCAACAUUGCACAUUCCGACAAGGCGCGUUCAUCAAGGAUCUUAGCUCAGUCGAACCAGAUCUUAGUAAAGUUAUGAUCUUGGACAAUAGUCCAUUGAGUUACAUGUUUCAUCAAGACAACGCAAUUCCUAUCCAAGGAUGGAUCAACGACCCAACGGACAACGACCUACUCCACCUAGUACCACUUCUUGAAGGUUUGCAGUACGUGUCAGAUGUGAGAGCGUUGCUUGCGUUGCGUGGAGGUGAGGAUGGUCAGCAUAUGGCGUAA